AUGGCCACCAGGUGGAACAAAAAUGUCCCCCGUAAGGUUAAUAUUCAUGUUUGGAGAUUGUUGAAGGACAGGCUCCCAACUCAUUUUAAUCUUUGGUUUCGUGGUAUCGUUAACAAUUCUCUUGUUUGCCCAAUGUGUUUUAAUGGUAUUGACACUAUUACUCAUACUAUGUCAGACUGCAGAAUUGCAAAGAAAGUCUGGACAUCACUCUCGAAAUGGUUGGACUACAAUUUACCAUACCAAUUGUCGGGCGUUGAUUUACUCGAACACAUAAAAACUUUGAAAGCUCAAAAGAAGGUGAAGGAUAUCAUCACCACUGUCACCUAUGCAGCAUGGUGGUACAUAUGGAGAUAUAGAAAUGAAGCUGUUUUUCAACCAACAAAGAAAAGAUAUAAUGUCUUAGUCGACUCUAUUAUCAUGUCCUCUUUUCAAUGGUACAGCUCUAGGUAUAAGAAAGGGCACAUAAGAUGGGAUGAUUGGCUGAAAAGUCCAUGCUUAUUUGCUUAA